AUGCCGCCAAAGCCACCGAAUAAGCCGAAACCACCCCUCUCCAAAUCGCGCGAGCUCGUCCCCAUCGGGCCCCGAGAAGUAUUCAAGAGCCGCCAGGGCCGCCAACGGGACGCCAAUGGCAACAAGCCACUCACCGCGCGCGCCCUCGUCCUCCGCAACGGCAAACAUGGUGCGAUGGGCACGGGCGAGAUGAUGAUUGCGAGCCGGAUGAGCGGGAGAGAAAAGCUGGAUCUCCUCGCAGAGGAUCUCAUGCGCAAGGCCAUCGCCGCCCCGUUCAAGCUCGAAGUCUGUCUGCGCAUCGCAGAUGGACAGCUUGGCUCCUACCUGGACGAGAUCAACGCCUUGCAAGAUGUCGACUUCCUCCACGACCGCUUCAAGUCCAUCGUCGCCUCGCACAUGAACCCACUCCGCGUCGCAGACCUCAAGGGCCCCAACCGCGCGCGCGAUCACGCCGUGUCCACGAUUUCGGGCUACAUCCACAACACGUACAUGAUGGCCGCCGGCUGGCGCCUCGUCGGGGACCUCAUACGAGAUCUCAUCGACGGUGGCCUCGACGAUGCCGUAAUCAAGGCGCAGCUCAAAGCGGAGCCUGCGCUGCGCUCCCAGUUCCUGGUGCUCUACGACACCGUAUACACUCUCGUGGAGGCAGGGCAGGCCAAUUUCGCCAUCUUGGCGUCCUCGUCGAGACACUACGGCCCAUACUUCAAGAAGAUAGUUGAUCCCGAGACGAAAGAGCCCGAGUAUAUGUUCGAUUGGGGUCAGUUGAAAACGGUACACAAGUCGUUCUUGGACUCGAUCGUGGUCGAGUUGUGCCUCCCCAAUUCCCCGAUCCCGCGUCCGGUCUUGUACCAGCUCCUCUCGGAAACCGUGGAGGAGUCUCCAAAGGAAACGAAGCAGUUCUCUCAGGCUGUCUGGGAUGCCGUUGGUGACCUCUCGGCUAUGGUGGAGCUUCAGUCGAUGUUGGAGAACGUGCUGUGGGGGUCGGAAGGGGACGAGUGGAGGAAGGAACGCCGCGAGCCCCCCGAAGCGUAUGAGCAAUGGGUCGACGCGCAGAUCUACUCCCAAGCGGCGGCCAACCAGUGGGCGAAUUUCGCGGACAUCAUCUAUCCGAUGGACAACACGUUGCACAAGCCGACAGUGGAAAUGAUGUGGAAGAAGAUUCGGGAGAACUACGUCAAUACCACCAGGAAGUCCCCGGAUGACCUUUGGGGCAUCGCAGACAUACGCAAGGUCAAAGCAUCCUGGCACGGAUUUGGCAGGCCCAAGAACGAGUCGCGCGCGCUCGCGCUGUCCGACAACCUCUCUGGGCUGGCGAUCACGAACGGCGACGAGAGCGACGGGUCGAUGCCACCGCUGCAGACUCCAUCUGAUUCGGACGACGGUGAUGACGACGACGACGAGUCUUAUGAUACGGACGAAGAGGACGAACUGCGCGAUCUGCUCCGGGAGGCGAUGGACACCACCGUGGCCUCGUCAGACUUCUACAAUCCGCACGGCCCCGCUCCAGAAUUCGAUUCGCUUGCGCAGGACCGGAAGGACAAUCCGUUCUUGAAGCUGCUCGGGGCGCUGCGCGGGCGUGUGUUUUCUGCGAACACGUCUAUAAACACCGCGAACCGGACCCAGCCGCGCACGCCGUUCCCGAACACGCAUCGAAGCCCGCCAAGACGAAGCCCGCCGGGAAGCCGUCUGGAGACCUACGCUUGCCGAGAAGCUGCAGGCCCGCAGCGCCCGCUCCAAACCACUCUGGAAGAAGUCGAGGACGAGGACGUGCCGAGCGCGGCGGGCAAGAAGAAGAAGAAGAAGAAGCCGAAGAAGAAAAAGGCCUCGACCGCGGCCGCCGAAAGCGAAGUCAUCGAGCCGGCCGACCCGUCGCCUCCUCCCGCGCGCGCGCCUGAGCCCGUUGUCCACGGCACGCUCCCGCUCGCGUCGGAGCAGACCGCGAAGUCGGCGCGGACGUACAUCAAGGAGGAGGGACUCGCGGGGGGCAAGCAGAAGGUCAAGACCCGGGGGCAGGCAGACCUGGAUGCGAUCCCGGAGAAGAAACGCAAGGGUUUCUUCUCGGUGUUCUCGCGGAAGAGCAAGGACCGGCAGGACGACGACAGCGAGAGCGAAGACGAGGAGAAGGAGAAGGCAAAGCCCAGCAACUGGGGCUUCGAGAACCUCAGCAGGCGGACCACGGGCUUGAUGCACCAGCUCUUGCGCACCGGGUACGACAAGACGCAGGGACUGUCGGAUAUGCGAUGGGAACGGUUCGUCAAACUCAUGGAAGAUAUGGGUUUCACGUACGAGCCUGGUUUGGCGGGCUCGCCUCACCCUGAUCCCACGAUCCACCCUGUGGCGCUCAAACGGUACGCAAAGAAACUGAAGGACACGUACGGGUGGAACGAAGAGCAGUUCUUGCAGGCUACCAGCUCAACGUCAACUAGUUCUUGA